AUGAGUCAAGAUUUGAAGACUUCACCCUACAAGGCUGUAAUUAAUUUCAUCAACCAAUUCCAAACACUGACCAACACCGGCCUCGGAAGAGACAAGGCAACCAAAGUUCUUCAAUAUGGAUGCAAAAUUAUUGAAGAAAUUUUGGAACGAUCUGCAUCUCCUGCUGUUGAUCAUAAAGAUUUGAUUGUUCGUGUCCAAAGAACAAGUGCUGGAUUAGCAACUGCCAGAAGAGUGAUGCGUUUUUGGAAGCCAUUCCAAGGCUAUGUCGCAUUGAUUCAAUUUAUUGAAGCAUUAAUCGGAGGAAAGAAACAAACCGUGACUGCAAUUUUAGAUCUUGUUUCCAAGUUAUGUAUGGCACACUACUUUUUAAUGGAUCACUUAACUUGGUUGAGUCGUGAGAAGAUUCUCUCCGAUAUGCCACUCGAGUUGGCACAAAAGAGUCAAUCAUUUUUUGCUUCUACAUUUAACAACAACAAGAAUGCAGAUUAUUCACGCAGCAGCUCAAACUUUUGGUUUUAUGGUGUGAUCUUUGCUAUUCUUGCCCAUGUGUUGAGAUGGUCCGAGUAUUUGACAAAAGAAAAGAAAGAGCUUGAUAUUGUCAGAGAUGCCAACCAACAAAAGAUGUUUAGAACGUUUAUUGCACUUCUUUGUGAUUUUGGAACAGCAGCCAUUCUUGCAAAGAAGACAAGCUUCCAAAACAAGGCAGCUCUAGGUGUAUUUGGUGUUGUUUCUUCAUUGAUCUCUAUUUAUGAUGCAUGGCCAUCCCAAUAA